AUGGGUCUCUUCGCCGCCGACACUGGCCUCACCCUGCAGCCCGUGCACCCGCCAUUGGGCCUCAACAUGAACUAUGUGAACCACCCUGUCGUCACGCUGGUGCUCAAGGAGAAGGUCUUCAGCUGGUCCGGCGACGACUUCACCGUCACCGACACAGAGGGACGGCCGGUUGUCAAGUGCAGCGGCAAGAUGAUGUCUAUGCGCGGUCGCAAGACCAUCACGGACGCGUGGGGCAACUACCUCUUCACCAUUCGCGAGAAGAUCAUGUCUUGGCGCACGACAUACCUCGGCGAGGACCAGAAUGGAACAGUGCUCUUCGAGCUGAGGAACAGGAUGAGCUGGGGCUCCAAGAUGUCGAUCAAGUUCACGAACGCCUCGACAGGUCAGCCUGUCGCGCUCCUGCUCAAGGGCGACAUGUUCGGCCGCAGCGCGACGAUCUUCAUUGAGGAUGGCCCGCCCAUCGCCAUGAUCAAGCGCAAGGGCAUGAAUGUCUCCAACCUCGUGUUCGACAAGCAGACGUACUUUGUCGAUGUCGCACCGGGCGUCGACCUUGCGCUCAUGGCUGCGCUGUGCAUUCUGCUCGAUGAGAUUGAGAACGAUCAGAGUUCAGGUGGGGGCGGAGGAGGAGGAGACUUUAGCUUCAAUUGA